CCCUCCCCACAUGAAGGGAUCUUCAUUCACUGGCCCACGGCAGCGGCACCAGGCGUGAUUCGGCCUGGAGGUGUCAUCGAGUCGACGCCAGGCGACGGGGUGUUCCGGGCCUCACCCUUGUCAAGGCCACCACCACCACCAUCAACCCUAUUGACCGGGUCCGAUCGUUACCAUCCAAGAUGAAAAAGUUCCAGUCGUACUUCACGCCCGCGACGGGCGAGGAGGGGGAGAAGAAGGGGAGGAGUAGUGAGGGAGCACAGCCAGCCGGUCCCCGGUCCCGGCGAUCCGGUUCGAAGGCGUCGACACACCAGCUACAGCCGGUAAGGACGCCGGGGAACAACCUCCCACGGCCCGCGGCAGCACCACCACCGCCGCCGUCGGUGGUCUCUGCCCCGUCAGGCCGCGUCUCGCCCCAGAUGCUGCCCGCCUCUGGCCGAGGGAGCAUGCUCUCGGUGCCGGGCGCCGCCGGCCAGGCCCAGCAAUCCCAGCACGGCUGCCAGCCGUCCGAGACGGCCACCAUCCGGUCCAACUCGAAGGUGAGCCCGAGCACGUCGCGGCCGACCUCGGUCCGGCACUCCUUCUUCCCCGCCGGCGACGCGCGGGCCCACGACGCGGACGCCAUCAUGGAGAUCCGCAACGACAUGAUGGUCAACUGGCUGCACGAGCAGCAGCUGCGCAAGCAGUACGCCUCCGGCAUGGACCCCUACGAGGGCGUCGUGCUGAAGAAGGCGCGCGGCAACUUCACGUGCUGCCCGCCGCAGAUGGCCGCCAUCCCGGACUCGCUCUACGCCGCCGUCGUCCAGAUGAACGUGCGCUGCGCCAUGACCGUCAACACGCCCGUCGUGCGCGCCCUGCUCGAGGCCAUCCUCGCCCGGACCGACAUCGACUACGUGCCGCUGCCCGACGGCCUGCGCGUGCAGGUGCUGCGCACCAUGGCCGACCUGCCGCGCGGCCAGCUGCACCACUUCGCCGCCUUCGUCGAGGACGUGCGCAUGCUGGUCGUCUGGGACGACGAGCCCGAGAAGCUGCUCGCCCGCGCCCAGAGCCUCGAGGCGAGAGUCGUCGAGAUGAUCUGGGGCAACGGCGACGACGAGGCCGAGGAGGACGACGGCGCCGCCGGCGAGAAGAAGGGCAUCGCCGCCGUCGCCGGCGCCCAGGAGCUGGACCCGGCCCAGCUGGAGGAGGCCCUCGCCAGGGAGCGCCGCCCCGUGCGGCUCGAGAGCGCCGUCAUGGUCGCCAUCACGAUGAUCCUCUGGAUCAUCUGUCCCGCCCUGGGGUGGCGCUGGCUGGUGUACCAGAGCGUGGUGGACGGCACGUAUUUGCGGUUUGCGCUGUUGGCUGCGUGUCCCGUGCAGAUGUUCGUCAGCUUGUUCUUCUUCCAGUCCAUGGUCACCAGCAUCUUCCAGAUCUUCGGGCCCAUCUCGGCCGUGGCGAGCAACAGCAAGUACUACAGCGGCCGGGCGCCCGCCCGGCUCGACCGCAACCAGGGCCCGCUGCCGCACGUCACGAUCCAGAUGCCCGUGUACAAGGAGGGCCUCGCGGCGGUGAUCAGGCCGACCGUGGUCUCGCUGAAGGCGGCCAUCAGCACGUACGAGAUGCAGGGCGGCUCGGCCAACAUCUUCGUCAACGACGACGGCAUGCAGCUCAUCUCGGACGAGGAGGCCCAGGCCCGGCGCGACUUCUACGACGAGCACAACAUCGGCUGGGUGGCGCGCCCCAAGCACAACCCGAGCCCGGAGGCCGGCUCGGGCGAGAAGCGGUUCCUGCGGCGCGGCAAGUUCAAGAAGGCCAGCAACAUGAACUACGCGCUGCACGUCAGCAACCGCGUCGAGGACAAGCUGGCCGCCGUCAAGCGCGGCAGCCGCUGGACCGCCGAGCUGGAGGACGCCGCGUACCAGCGCUGCCUGGCCGACGUGCUGCAGGAGGACGAGGGCCGCACCUGGGCCGAGGGCAACAUCCGCAUCGGCGACUACAUCCUGCUGAUCGACUCAGACACGCGCGUGCCGCACGACUGCCUGCUCGACGCCGUCAGCGAGAUGGAGCAGAGCCCCGAGGUCGCCAUCCUGCAGUUCCAGUCCGGCGUUAUGAACGUCACCCACUCGUUCUUUGAGAAUGGCGUCACCUGGUUUACCCGGCUGAUCUACUCGUGCAUCACCUUUGCCGUGGCCUCGGGCGACGCCUGCCCCUUCGUCGGCCACAACGCCAUCCUGCGCUGGCAGGCCAUCCAGGACGCCGCCGCGUACACGGACGAGGACGGCUACGAGAAGUACUGGUCCGAGUCGCACGUGUCGGAGGACUUCGACAUGUCGCUCCGGCUGCAGGUCGCCGGCUACACGCUCCGCUACGCCUCGUACACCGGUGACGGCUUCAAGGAGGGCGUCAGCCUGACCGUGUACGACGAGCUGGCCCGGUGGGAGAAGUACGCGUACGGGUGCAACGAGCUGCUGUUCCACCCGCUGCGCUUCUGGCCCGUCCGCGGGCCGAUCACGCCUCUGUUCCGCCGCUUCAUCGCGUCGGCCAUCCCGCUGCCCAAGAAGAUGACCAUCAUCGCGUAUAUCGGGACCUACUACGCCAUCGCCGCGGCCUGGUGUCUCACGCUGGCCAACUACUUCAUCACCGGCUGGUUCUACGGCCUGUACGACAAGUUCUACCAAGACUCGUUCGCCAUCUACAUCUCCAUCAUCGUCGUGUUUACCGCGCUGGGCAACCUCGCGCUGGCGGUGCUGCGGUACCGGUUGAGCGAGCAGUCGCUUCUAUCAGCCUACUUCGAGAACAUCAAGUGGAUCCCGAUGUUCUGCAUCUUCCUGGGCGGCAUCUCGCUGCACCUGUCGCAGGCGAUCCUGUCGCACUUCUUCGAGAUCGACAUGGCCUGGGGCGCGACGGCCAAGGAGCUGAAGCGCGAGGUGCGCUUCGGCGCCGAGUUCUGGCGCAUCGUCCGCCGCUUCAAGUGGACCUUCCUCUACUGCUUCGCCUGCACCGCCCUCAUGGUCUGCGGCAACACCGUCUUCCCCGUCCAGUGGCGCAUCAACACCCUCUACAGCAUCUACCCGCUGGCCGCCACCGUCGUGGCCCACUUCUGCCUGCCCGUGCUGCUGAAUCCGGCCCUGAUGAUGUUUACUUGGUAAAGGGGGUUGCGCGGUGUUGGAUGCUAGGCGGGGUGGGAGAUGUCUCGACUUGUUAUGACCAUUCGCUUUGCCUUUUUUUUUUUUUUUUCCUCCGCUUCUCAUUACGAGCUCAUAUCGGCUUAAUAGCUAUUGGAAGGUGUUUGACAGGUUGGAGGAGUUGGGGGAUCUUCUC